AUCAACCAGAGGUCGCACUCACACCCAUCGUUAUCCUGAAUCACUGGAAGAAAUGCAUUGAAUACUAUUUGUUAUUUUAAGUACGACAGAGAGUAGCUCACACAAUCCACUGAGGCGUUGUGAUCACAAAGAUCACCUGCCUACCCCGGAUUUCGUCCGAUAGUUAACAAUAGAUCGGUUACUGCUAAUAAUAUUAUUGUGGCAUGUCACAGGAAUUCCAGCUGCACAUGUCCAUCCUCAUCCCUGAAAGAGACUCAUUGCAUUGCUACUAUCAAUCAACGGUUUACUGGCCUUAUAACUAGAAAGCAUGGAUAUCACCGCCCAGACGUUCCAUCUGCAACUACCCAGGCUCCUGGACGAACUAUCGACCUGCUGCUUCGUAUCCCUGGACUUUGAAUUCUCCGGGAUAGCAAAAUCCGUCAAUGGGAGCAGGAGGCGAAAAAGCACCCUGCAGGAGCGCUACGAAGAGGUCAAGGCAUCUGCCGACCAAUUCCAGAUCCUGCAGGUUGGUUUGACCAUCUGCCACGAAGAUCCAACGACAGGCAUUUACACUCUACGACCAUAUAACUUGUACCUUAAUCCGGUGAUAGACAGCAAACUCGAGGUCGAAAGGAACUGGUCGUUCCAGAGCAGCGCUGUCGCGUUCCUCUUGGACAACAGAUUCAGUAUGGAGUCUCUGUUCAAUAAUGGCGUGACUUAUUUGUCCAGAGAUGAAGAGAGGAAAGCGGUUGCUAGAGCCAUUGAGAGACGUGAUCGCCCGGUCACGACUACCACCCUGGGCGUUGACGAGACCGAGCAUGAGUCGCUUGCGUUCCUCCAAGAAGUGCGACGGCUUGUGAACGAUUGGCUUGCUCUUGGUGAUGCUCGCCGCGACUAUCUCAAUAUCCCGCCAGCCAGUCGCCCCGACCCAAGCCAGGAGCCUAGUCCCAUGCCGGCGGAAAUCAACAGGUUUCAAAAGAGGCUUAUCCACCAACUGAUCGAGGUUGAGUACCCGGCGCUCAGAACCAUCGGCAAGCAAGGAUUUGUGCAGAUCAUCGACUUCGACGAGCAGCGGGAGAAAGCGGUCCACGAGCAGCGAAUCCAGUGGGUGCAGGAAAGAGCCUGGAAACAGACGGGCUUCAGAUGGAUCGCCGAGGCUCUCGCUGGUGGCAACCUCACCAAUCUCGCGCCUCACUACUUCAUGAACCUCAUGGCCAGCUUGCCAGGAAAGCCGCAGCGCAACCUCCAGCAAUUCUCGGACCGGAUCAAGCAACGAGUGCUAGCCAAUCGUCCAGUGCUCGUGGGCCAUAAUCUGUUCACCGACCUGAUAUACUUCUGCCGAUGCUUCUUCGGGCCUCUGCCGGACCGUGUCGAGGACUUCCAAUCAAUGGCUCACGAGAUGUUCCCGGUCCUGAUGGACACCAAGUAUAUGGCCACCCACGAUUGCGGUUCCAUUAACCCGAAGUCCUCGUUGCAGGAACUCAACGACAACCUGACCGCUAUACCAUACCCGAGAAUCACCAUCCAUCCUCGACAUAGCAAAUACCAUACCCGGGGAUUAGACCAUGAGGCGGGUUAUGACAGUUUACUCACUGCUCAGGUCUUCAUCAAGCUCUCUGCACAGCUUCGAGACCGGAGCGCAAAUGAGAACCAUAUACCACCUGCGUCGACCAGACAGACGCAGCAUAUUGAACAGAAUACAGUGACCCUUCCAAUCCGCCCCAAACCGACCAAUGUCCAUAUCAUGUUCGGCACUAUCGAGGUGAAGAAGGUCGUCGAGAGCACAGUUGACACCCACCCCGCGGUACCACCGUGGGCACAUCACAUGGCGCUGAGACCCGACAAAUCUCCAGCGAUUCAGCACAGCGUCAAUCACGGUGACUUAAUCCCCCGCCUUGACGCCAAGUUCUGGAGCGUCUACGGGAACAAGCUGCGCGUCUUUGGGCCUUCGUCCUCCGCCUCCGAGUCCAGAGUGUGCAGAAGCUGUCAAGAGACAAUUGUCCGCCGUAACUAUGCCUCCGCCGCGACGACGCAGGGCACUCCAGAGACGACGACCGCACCUCCCAGCUCCGCCUUCCCAGUCACGAAGCCCACGCACACCAUCAAAGCCGGCGUGUUGCUGUCCCGGCCGCCCCAGAUCACCCGCGACCUGACCGACUUCGAGAAGGCGUACUUCUUCUACCAGCGCCGCCUGAACGAGCGGCUGACGCUCCCCUUCACCAAAUACUUCUACUUCAAGCGCGGCACGCCCGCCGACGAGGACUGGAAGCGCAAGAUCCGCGAACGCCAGACCGCCGCCCGCGACAUCGGCAAGUACAACGCCUACUCGAAGGAGGCGUGGAACGACGAGCUGCUCGUCGGCGCCCCCGAGUCCGACCCGGCCCACCAGGUCGAGAUGCUCAUCCAGGACGCUGAGGCCACGGUCAAUGCCACCUCGCAGGACACCAGCAAGAAGGAGGAGAUUCCCCGGCCGCACCCCCGGUGGACGGAGGCGGACGAGAAGGGCGACCAGAAGAGUCUGAACCGGGCUCUGCAGCGGACGCUGUACCUGCUCGUGCAGUCCAAGGAGGGGUACUGGAAACUCCCCAGCUCCGCGGUUGAAACGGAGGAGACUCUGAAGCAGGCGGCUGAACGUACCCUCGCCCAGGCGGCGGGUGUCAACAUGAACACCUGGUUUGUGGGUUAUCACCCCGUCGGCCACUACGUCUACAACUUCCGCAAACCCGCCUCGGAGCUGCUGGGCGAGAAGACCUUCUUCAUGAAGGCGCGCAUUAUGACCGGCCAGGCGGAUCUGACGGGCAAUGCUGACAACCUGACUGAUUUCAAGUGGUUGGCCAAGGAGGAGAUCUCGAAGUAUGUUCGGCCAGGGUACUACUCCAGCAUCAAGAACAUGCUGGCCGAGCGGUAGACCUUCGGGAAGUGUACUGUUAGGAUAGACCGAUUGUUGUGGGCGGGAGUGAUGCAGCCAUAGAACCGGGAUUGUUUCUGCAUAUAUCAUCUUGUACGUCUCGUGUGUGUCAUGUAUAACUAGCUUUUAUUGCUCGAAUUUCUGCUUCUAUUCUGUACUCUUGUUUGACUACAUGUGUGUGCAAGAACGGUUGUAUCUUGUCUCCUUCCUUGAUUGGUACGCCCCAACGCCACGCCAGUGAAUGAUUCGCCCAUAUGUG